UUCCCAAAUGGCUUCUCAUAAACGCCUUUCUUCUUUUCUCUUUUUUCUUUUAUUAGGAAUUGGGGUUUCUUCUGCAGCCAGAAAUCUCUUAACUUAUGGUGAAGGAAAGCCGGUGAACAUUCCGGCAUUUGCUUAUGGUGCAGGCGGUGGUGCAGGUGGUGGUAGUGGUGGUGGAUAUGGUUCUCUUGGUGGUUAUGGCGGUGGUGGAGGAAAUGGAGGUGGUAGUGGCUAUGGUUCUGUAGGAGAAUAUGGUGUUGGUGGCUAUGGAAGUGGUGGCGGUGGAGGAAGUGGUGAGGGAGGUGGGUAUGGCCCGGGAGGUGGAAAUGGAUAUGGUGGAGGUGGAGGAAGUGGCGGUGGAGGUGGUUAUGGUUCUGGGGUUAGAUAUGGUGAAGUUGGAUAUGGCUCUGGAGGUUCAGGGUAUGGUGGAGGGAGUGGAGGCGGUGCUGGGUAUGGUCCUGGAGGUGGAGGGUAUGGAGGUGGCGGUGGAAAUGGAGGUGGGGCUGGGUAUGGUCCUGGAGGUUCUGGAUAUGGAGGAGGUGGUGGAAAUGGGGGUGGUGCAGGGUAUGGUCAUGAGGGUGGUGGUUAUGGUGGGGGUGGCGGAAAUGGCGGAGGGGCAGGGUAUGGUCAUGAGGGUGGUGGAUAUGGAGGGGGCGGUGGAAAUGGCGGUGGGGCAGGGUAUGGUCAUGAAGGUGGUGGUGGAUAUGGUGGGGGUGGCGGAAAUGGCGGUGGGGCAGGGUAUGGUCAUGAAGGUGGUGGUGGAUAUGGAGGUGGAGGUGGAAAUGGCGGUGGCGCAGGGUACGGUCAUGACGGUGGUGGAUACGGUGGGGGUGGUGGAAAUGGUGGUGGCGCAGGGUAUGGUCAUGAAGGUAGUGGAUACGGUGGGGGUGGCGGAAAUGGCGGUGGGGCAGGGUAUGGUUCUGGUGGUGCUGGGUCUGGCGCUGGAGGAGGAGAAGGGGGAGGUUCAGGGUAUGGUGGAGAACAUGGAGCAGGCUACGGUGGUGGUGGUGGAGGUGGAAAUGGCGGCGGUGGAGGUGUAGGAUAUGGGCCAGGAGGAGAAUAUGGGUCAGGUUAUGGAAGCGGAGCAGGUGGGGGUCAUGGUGGAGGAGGAGGAAGUAGUGGUGGAGGAAGCGGUGGAGGUGGUGGAGGAGGGUCGGGAUACGGUGGAGGAAGUGCACAUGGAGGUGCAUCUGGUGGUCAUGAAGGAGGAUAUGGAGGAAGUAGUGGUGGAGGUGGUGGUCAUGAGGGAGGAUAUGGUGGAGGAAGCGCACAUGGAGGUGCAUCUGGUGGUCAUGAAGGAGGAUAUGGAGGAAGUAGUGGUGGAGGAAGCGGUGGAGGAGGUGGUGGUCAUGACGGAGGAUAUGGUGGUGGAAGCGCACAUGGAGGUGCAUCUGGUGGUCAUGAAGGAGGAUAUGGAGGAGGAGGUGGUAGCAGCCAAGGCGGUGACCACGGUGGAUAUGCACCUUGAGAAAGACCUCACCAUUACCUUAUAUAUUUAGUAUUAUUAUAAAAAGGGCAUAUACAUAUGGUCAUUCAUCCUUUUUACCCCAAGUAAUUAAUAGAAAAUAUAAAUCCAUGAUUGGGAAAAGGGAAUAAUUAAUUAUAUAAUAUAUCGUAAGAAAAGUGUGAUGUUAAAAUGGGAAACUCUUGUAUCUUCACCUCUCCAAAUUUUCUUCAUAUAUAAAAUUAUUCUCUCUUAUUUCCACAAAA